AUUGAGGGUCAUAAAACCACCCUGAAAAAUAAGUAUGAGAGCUUAUAUGAAGGUGUCACACUGAAAGAAAACCAAACCCUCCUCAACAGCAUUUACACAGAGCUCUACAUCACAGAGGGAGAGAGUGAAGGAGUGAAUGAGAAACAUGAGGUUUUACAGAUUGAAACAGCAUCCAGGAAAUGGGUUUCUCAAGACAAACCAAUCAGCUGCAAUGACAUCUUCAAACCCCUGUCAACCAACAAACAUAAAGAAGAGAAAAAAGCCUUGCCUCGCCAAGAACCUGGAGGAGACAGACAAAAGCCAGAAAUCAGAACUGUACUCACCAAGGGCAUUGCUGGAAUUGGAAAAACAGUCUCUGUGCAGAAGUUCAUUCUGGACUGGGCAGAAGGAAGGACCAAUCAGGACAUUGAGUUCAUGUUGGUUCUUCCUUUUAGAGAACUGAACUUGGUUAAAGAUGAACAGUUCAGUCUUCAUGGACUCCUGCUGGAGUUUCACCCAGAGCUGAAAGACUUGGAUCCAAAGAAAUAUACUGACUGUAAAAUGCUGUUCAUCUUUGAUGGUUUAGAUGAGAGUCGACUUCGGUUGAAUUUUUCUGAGAGUGAUGUGACCAAAACAUCAUCAGUGAAUAUACUGAUAUCAAAUCUCAUCAAAGGAAAUCUUCUUCCCUCUGCACUCAUCUGGAUAACCUCCAGACCAGCAGCAGCCAGUCAGAUCCCCUCUCAGUUCAUCAGUCGUGUGACAGAAGUCCAAGGAUUCAGUGAUUCACAGAAAGAGGAAUACUUCAGAAAAAGAGUCAGUGAUGAGAGUCAAGCCAACAGAAUCAUCUCACACAUCAAGACAUCAGUGAGUCUCCACAUCAUGUGUCACAUCCCAGUGUUCUGUUGGAUUUCAGCCACUGUGCUUCAGGAAAUGCUGCGUCCAGACAAUGUUAAAGAGAUCCCUAAAACUCUGACUGAGAUGUACACACACUUCCUGCUCAUUCAGACUAAAAUGAAGAAGCAGAAAUAUGAGGACAAAAUUGAGACAGACUCAAAGAAUCUUCUGGAAUCAAGCAAGGAGAUCUUCCUGAAACUUGCUAAACUGGCUUUUAAUCAGUUACUGAGAGGCAAUGUCAUGUUUUAUGAAGAGGAUCUGAGAGAAUGUGGCAUUGAUGUGAGUGAGGCCACAGUGUACUCUGGGAUUUGUACUGAGAUCUUUAAGGAGGAAUCUGUGCUUCGUCAGAAGAAGGUCUACUCCUUUGUGCAUCUGAGUGUUCAAGAGUUCUUUGCUGCUCUCUAUGUGUUUUACUGCUAUGUAAACAAGAACAUGGAGGCACUGGAGUAUUUUCUGAAGAAAAACACCAGACCUGUGUCAGACAUUGUUUCCUUGGAUGAGUUGCUGAAGAAAGCUGUGGAUAAAUCUUUGGAGAGUAAGGAUGGACGUCUCGAUCUGUUUGUCCGCUUCCUUCAUGGCAUCUCACUGGAGUCCAACCAGAAACUCCUACAAGGUCUGCUGACACACACACAGAACAACCAGCGGAGCAUCAAGAAAAUAAGCCGUUACAUCAAAGAGUUAAAUAAAGACGGUGUCCCACCUGAGAGAUGGAUCAAUCUACUGCACUGCCUGACUGAAAUGAAUGAUCACUCUCUCCAUGAAGAAAUUCAAGCUUUUGUCAAGUCUGAAAAUUACAGAACUAGACUUUCACUUGCACACUGCACAGCACUGGCCUAUAUGUUUCUGAUGUCAGAGGAGGUGCUGGAUGAGUUUGACCUGAAGAAAUACAAGACAUCAGAUGAGGGUUGUAGGAGACUGCUCCCAGCUGUGAGGUGCUGCAGAAAAGCUCUGUGA